AUGGCGUUGAGACCCGCGGGUCUUGCACAACCCCAGAGUUUCAUUUUCAUCGUGCACAAAGAGAAGGGUUUGCUGGAGCCAGGAUGCCCCAUCCAGAGGUCCCGGCGAGGCUGUGGAGAGGGGUCGGUGGGGAUGGGCGAGUGCCUGAGCCCCGGCACGGUCAGGACGGGCUGUGCCCCGGUCCCCGCAGAGCAUCGGCGGGGAUGGGCGAGUGCCCCGCACGGUCAGGACGGGCUGUGCCCCGGUCCCCGGUCCCCGCAGAGCAUCGGCCGCUCGGAAGGCGGAAAUCCCCGUGAGGGUGAGGCGUGGGAGGGAAAAGGGAACGGCCUGAAGCGGGCGGAUCGGCUCGGAUCGGCACGGCACGGCUGUCUCGGCUCGGCUCMGCACGGCUCGGACACGAUGAAGCCGCGAGGCUACGGAUUUCUGCUACUGCUCCUUCACGUGCUGAGAGCUGUUAUGGCACUAGAGAAGAAGAACAUCRUCAGUAGACUUGGAGAAAAUGUCACGCUAAGUUGCAUUUAUAAUGAAAGAGCCUUGCAAUUAAAAAAUCUACGGGUAUAUUGGCAAAUAGCUGAUGAUCCCCCUCCAGGAAGGUGUUUAGUUGUCCAUGCACUGAUCUCUGGCCAAGACAAUAACAGUAAUCAGUGCAUUAACUUUAAAGACAGAACUAAAUUAUUCUGGGAUAGGCUGGAAAAUGGUGAUUUUUCUCUACUAUUACUAAAUGUCAGCCAGAGGGAUAAUCAUACAUACAAAUGUGUAGUACAGGAGAAAACUGAAAUUACCAGAGUGAUUCACCAGGCAGAAGUGGUUCUCAGUUUAGCAGCGAGCUACAGCCAGCCAGUACUCAGCGGGCCAAUACGAAACAGCACAGGAGAGGAGGUGACUUUCAGCUGCAGGUCUGGCAAUGGGUACCCCAUGCCCAAGGUUUACUGGAUAAACAGAGCCAACAACAGUCACCUGAAUCCAUCAAAGCUGGACAUCCAUCACAACAGCGACGGCACUUUCAGCGUUUUUAGCACGCUGACGGUGACGGCCACUUCCAACAUGCAAAUCGAGUGCUUCAUAGAAAAUGAGAUGCUGCAGGAAAAUCUGUCAGCCAACUACACGCAGCAAAAGCAAAGCAAUGGUUCUGGCACAGAAAGUGAUGAAAAAAAAGGACGAGGUGCUCAAGCAGUUGGCAUCAUUUCCCUUGUYAUUCUGAUAGGUCUUCUAACUGUUUUAAUCUGCUGGCUGUGGAGAAGRAGGUCCUCUAAGCUACUGUCCUAUACAGAUGUCUUACCAAGAGAAGACCAAGGAGAACUCAACUCACCUGCUUAAAUGGAAAAUCUGCCAACAAUUUCAGYAGCUGGAGAUGUGUUGAGAGAAGCAUCACUCCGUGUCCCAGUGGCAGCAUUGUUUGYAAUACAAGUGACAGAUUUCUGCCAAGAGAGACAUAAAAAAAAUGUAACAAAUAGAAAAAAGCUUUUAGAACACAARAGAUGGAAAAAACUGCUGGAUUUUCAUUCCAGCCACUGACGGUGUCCACAGAACAGUUGUGUCACCACUCCAGCACUUUGGACAGUCCUCUGUGAUUGUUGRUGAUUUGGGCACCUGUCCUGGAGAAAGCAGAAAUCCUGGGGCUCAGCUGCUCUGUGCCAGAGCUCUGAGAGCUGUGACUGUCCAGUCGCUCAUCCUCAUCCUCGAGGGUUUUGUCAGGAGCAGAAGCAGCCACGUUUCAGGAGCACGAGAAGUUCCUGCUGYCACCUCACCCUGAUGUCAACUACUGCAUGUGAGGAAAGACAGCUGAAACAAAGAAAGAAAACUGAAGGACUCUGCAAAGUGAGAUUUGUGACCUUUUCCAUGUUUUCCUCUCUCCAGAGUACAAUCCUUUCAUUGUGUGCUUUCCCCAGCUUCAUUUUACUGUGUACAGAAUCGGGCUGAACACUUUGCCCCAUUCCUCCAAAAACAGGAGUUGCUCUGAUGGGGUUAAGUACUGAAUGUGUUAACCUAGGGGAAGGUUUCUUUAAAUGCCUUGAUAGCAAUAUUUUGGUUUUUACCAAAUAUUCUGCCAAAAGGGGGAUUUCCACUUUCAACAGGAGUCAGCUAUGAGAUAAAAAGCAGGCUGUGGAAACCAAUUAAAAUUAGUGCUCUCUGCUGUGUUAAUGUCAGGUUACCUGGACUUACCCUUUCCAGGAUGAAACAAAAACUGUGGUUGAUCUCUGCUUGUCUCAACUGAAUCUUUAUUUAAGCACUUUC